GAUGUCGGAAAUGCUGUCAGAUGUGAAUAACGCACGUGUGGAGGGAGCUAUAGAAAGAAACUGAGCGUGUAUUUCAGACUGGCAGAGAGGCCUGAUAAAGAAUAGAUAAACACCAAUACAUAUUCCAUAUUAUCGACAUUUCUGCUCGCUUUCUAGCGGCUAACAGGAAGCUAACCAACAGGAACCUUCCCGGCUGCUCAGAGGCGAGCGGAGCAGGACGACGACUGGACGGUGCUCUGUCAGAGAGGGAAAGUUCUCGGUGUCUUUUCCCAGGCCUGUGUUUGUGUUGUGUGUUCACUCGUUGCCUUAGUAGCGUUGUCUACUUGAUUUCUUAUUAAAGACUGAAGGACUUGUAGCGGUAACUUGACGUCAUGGCGGACUACCUGAUCAGCGGGCAAACCGGGUACGUCCCAGAAGACGGGCUGAGCGCACAGCAGCUGUUCAACGGUGGAGACGGGCUAACUUACAACGACUUCCUGAUUCUGCCGGGCUACAUCGACUUCACAGCCGAGCAAGUGGACCUGACUUCAGCUCUAACCAAACAAAUCACCAUGAAAACUCCCUUUGUGUCCUCUCCCAUGGACACUGUUUCAGAGGCCAACAUGGCCAUCGCUAUGGCACUAACCGGUGGCAUCGGCUUCAUCCACCACAACUGCACUCCAGAGUUUCAGGCAAAUGAAGUGCGCAAAGUCAAGCGUUAUGAGCAGGGCUUCAUCACUGAUCCCGUGGUGAUGAGUCCAAACAAGUGUGUCCGAGACGUCUUCCAGGCAAAGGCUCGCCACGGCUUCUGUGGUAUCCCUAUCACAGAUAACGGCAAAAUGGGCGGCAAGCUGGUGGGCAUCAUCUCUUCCAGAGACAUCGACUUCCUUAAGGAGGAGGACCAUAACCUGCCACUGAGCGAGGUGAUGACAAAGCGAGAGGAUCUAGUGGUCGCCCCUGCUGGAGUGACACUAAAAGAAGCCAAUGAAAUCCUCCAGAGGAGCAAGAAAGGAAAGCUGCCCAUAGUGAAUGAAGAAGGCUCCCUGGUGUCGAUCAUCGCUCGCACAGACCUGAAGAAGAACAGAGACUUCCCUCUGGCCUCCAAAGAUUCCCGCAAACAGCUGCUGUGCGGCGCUGCCAUUGGCACCCACAACGACGACAAGUACCGUCUGGACCUACUGGCACAGAGCGGGGUGGAUGUGGUUGUAUUGGAUUCUUCUCAGGGAAACUCAAUCUACCAGAUCAACAUGAUCAAAUACAUCAAAGAAAAGUAUCCAACCAUACAGGUCAUCGGAGGGAACGUGGUGACUGCAGCUCAGGCUAAGAACCUGAUCGACGCAGGAGCAGACGCACUGAGAGUGGGGAUGGGCAGUGGCUCCAUCUGCAUCACACAGGAAGUGCUGGCAUGCGGCAGGCCUCAGGCCACAGCUGUAUAUAAGGUGUCGGAGUACGCCAGGCGUUUCGGGGUGCCGGUCAUCGCUGAUGGUGGCAUCCAGACUGUCGGGCACAUCGCCAAAGCUCUGGCACUAGGGGCAUCCACAGUGAUGAUGGGCUCCCUGCUGGCGGCCACCAGUGAAGCUCCUGGUGAAUAUUUUUUCUCUGACGGCAUCAGGCUGAAGAAAUACCGUGGCAUGGGCUCCCUGGACGCUAUGGACAAAAACCUGGGCUCACAGACCAGAUACUUCAGUGAGAGUGACAAGAUUAAAGUUGCACAGGGUGUUUCUGGAGCAGUGCAGGACAAAGGCUCCAUCCACAAGUUUGUUCCCUACCUGCUGGCUGGUACUCAACACUCCUGCCAGGAUAUCGGAUCCAAGAGUCUCACACAGCUCAGAGCCAUGAUGUACUCUGGAGAUCUGAAAUUUGAGAAGAGAACUGCAUCAGCACAGGUAGAGGGUGGAGUCCACAGCCUGCACAGUUAUGAGAAGCGUCUGUUUUGAGAGGAAGUCAGCCAUUCAGCCUACAGAUGGAGAAUCCUUCCAACUUACACAUUAUGCAAACACACUACGAGACCCUCAAGUUAGUCUUUCAAAAUAAACACACACACACACACACUUUGCUCUUCCAAGGAUCCAUCGGUCUUCCUUCCAGCGUCAUCUAUGCAUCGUCUUUGUUAGUGUCACUGUUUGUGCGUGUAGAAAGGGAACUAAGCAUUUAUCAAUCAGUGCACGAGUGAUUGAGUCCUCCAAUGGCUUUCAUGUUGUCAUAAAUAUGUCUGUCUGUUUUUAGGCAAAAAGAAAAGUCCAAUAAUAAAGCCUAUGUUUUUUCCAUGA